AUGAUUGGGAAGGCUAAGCCGCUUUUAGGUGGGGCACCAACAACGUCAGCGCCUCUAUUUGGCGCAGGGCUGACAACUUCUGCUCCACUUUUCGGGUCGACCACAACGACAGCAUCGUCACUUUUCCCCGCAAAAACGACAGGAUCUCUCUUUGGAGCAACAACCUCUGCUCCUUUAUUUGGGGCAUCGACGUCGGGUACAUUGUUUGGUAGUAGUACUGCCCCGACCUUUACUUCAACAGGAGGACUCUUUGGGCCCAAGCCCGCCGCAAGUGGAUUUAGUUUUCCAUCGACGUCUGCAAAGCCUGGAGGUCUGUUUGGAACAGCACAAGCUCAGCCGACAGUUCAAACGUUGCAGGACGUUAUUCAAAAUUCUGAAUUCCUUGUUCGAUCGCUUACUGCACCAGAUUUAUAUGGUGAUGAAAGGGACACAGUCAUGGUAAAGCUGAACCAGCUAUUGGCAGCCUGUGGUAUUGGUAACGGAUACUUUAAGGCUGACCAGCAACCAGUUGCUUAUAAUGCUAAUGGGCCUUUCUAUCGUUUCAAAGCAAUUGGUUACAACAGAAAGAGUGAGUAUCGCGAAAGUGACGGCAUUGUGGCGUUAACGCUUAAUGUAAAUUAUGACCAACUUUCUACAAAUGCACAACGUCAAAAAUUGACAGAUGCACUUAAUGUUAUAGUUGGGAACAAUACAAACGUUAGAACUCAUCUGGAGUCAAUUCGUCCACUCCCAGGAGAAAAUGCCACUGAGGUGCUGAUAUACGUGACGGAGAAGGGCAAAGGGAGAAUAUCGUGUAGAGAACUUUGUGCUUACUUUAAACAACCAACCCAAGAAGGGCAACUAAAAAAUCAACUAUGUGUUACUGAUGUAGUUGCACGAUCUUCGAUGGAUGAUGCUAAGUUACGGGUUUAUUUAGAAACUCCUCCUGCUGGGUUUGAUGCUCAAGUGUGGAAGCAGGCUAUCAGAGAAAAUCCUGAUCCUGAAAGGUUAAUCCCGUAUCCCAUCCGUGGAUUUGAACAAUUGCGGAAGCGACAGAAACUCCAAUCUGCUGAGGUGCGGUUGGUGGAAAAAGCGAUUGAGGGCUUAAAACAACGGUUGGUUUCUGUUAACAGCGAAGUAGCGGGAGGCAGCAGCCGCUAUUCUGUUUGUAGGCAGCGUCAGAAAGAGCUCUCGUAUAGACUUUUACGUUGCUUGACUAUGCAAACACUUGUACAGAGAUACAGCGUUGCUGUUGACGUUAGGGAAGAGAAGUUAGAGUCACGGUUGGAAGCUUUGAAUGCUGCGUUAGUUGCACCAAAUCAGAUAAAGAAUCGAAUUGCUAAUUUACUGGUCUUUCUGCGUACGAACAGCGAGCUUCUAAAAACAUGGCGAGAGCCCACGAUAUCCUUAAAAGAUGAUGAAGCGGCCCAGAUAAAAAAAUAUCUGUCGAGAUGCCAACAAGCUUUGGAGGCCAUUGUGUCUGUUGUAAAUAGCAACUUAGAAGAUUUGAAGCUAAUGGGUGCUCAGUUUUGA